CCCAUCAAGGCUCCUGAGUCUGUAUCCACUAUAAUUACAGCAGAAUCAAUUUUUUAUAAGGGUGUGUACUAUCAAAUUGGAGAUGUUGUUUCAGUGGUCGAUGAGCAGGAUGGAAAAACAUACUACGCUCAGAUCCGUGGGUUUAUUCAGGACCAAUACUGUGAAAAGAGUGCUGCACUAACCUGGCUCAUUCCUACACAAGCCAGUCCCAAAGAUUGUUUUGACCCGGCAUCUUAUAUCAUAGGACCAGAAGAGGAUCUCCCAAGGAAAAUGGAAUAUUUAGAAUUUGUUUGUCAUGCACCUUCAGAAUAUUUCAAAUCUCGAUCAUCUCCCUUCCCUACUGUUCCUACGAGACCAGAGAAGGGCUAUAUAUGGACUCAUGUGGGACCUACUCCUGCAAUCUCUAUUAAAGAAACUGUUACCAAUAAUUUAUAGUUUUUUAAAGGAAUACUUCGAACAAGUUAUUUUGGGGGUAUUCUCAGGUCUGUGAACCCUAUACAAGAAACUUAAAAAAAAUUAUAAAAUGUUCAUUUUACUUUAUGGAUUAUGGUACUUAUUUAUUUUAAAUUAUAUCAAAUCUUUUAAAGUGGAAGUU